AUGUCGUUCGUUCUACUCCCAUUGGCACUCGCUCUCUUGUCAACAGUCCACGCCCAACUUGUUGGUGGGCAAUACUUCACCCGCGGACUGGCGAUCAGCAAUGCUCCUGCUCCAAACAGCGAAUUCACAGUCGGAGGUACAAUUGGCGUCAGCGUCGACGUCUCUGGAAACGGACGUCUUCCUCAAGGAUCUUGGGGACCCAAUUCGAGGCUACCCUCUGGGUUUAUCUCGCUAUCUCUUUACCUUGUGUCCAACGAUCACAAUGUGACGAUUAUCGAUGGUACAGACGGCGCAUUCCUCGCUGGUGAACCGGGUUCAACGGUCAAGCACUUGAGCUACGUGAUUCCAAACUGCCUGCCUGCCGGGAACUACGACUACACUUACUACGAGGUGUCGAGAAUGAACGAUACGGCAAGUCUCAUGCCGAUGUAUUUCGGUAUUACCCCAAUUCCCAUCCGAAUCUUGAAUCCGUCCGGUCCGAGCGGUGAAUGCAACAGCACCAUCUCAAACCCAGUGCAAACUCGCCCUCAGAACGAUUCUGUACCUGCGCAGAACCCGUUCACUGGAGGACUCGCGCUGAACACGACAUCAGGAUCGUCGCCCUCGACCACGUUCAUACCCAUUUCCGGCCAAUCUACGGCAGAAACCAUCGGUCCGGCUCCCACACCCAACGGCGGAGGCAGUACUAGCGGAGGAAAUGGGAACAGCAAUACAAGCGAUCAUACAGGGAAUGUGCUGGGCGUGUACUAUGACGCGCAGGCCGCGUACAGGGCCCAGCUCAUCUUUCCCAUCCGGCACCUCGACGCUACUGCCAAUUUCUCCUCCACAAGCCGAGCCGGCCUUCGACAUUCGAUGUCUGCUCUGGCUCUACUUGGCCCAGGUUUCUUGACAGCAUUCCUUGCUUGGUAA